GUCUGGAUACACGGAGCCGAGGAAUCUGCAGGAACUUUAACUGAGAGGCGACCACACGUGGGCGACCAUGUUGGGUCAGAGCGUGCGGCUGCAGCCGGUGACCAUCCAGAGCCUGUCGGAGCUGGAGCGAGCCCGGCUACAGGAAGUGGCCUUGUACCACCUGGAGGAGCGAGACCUGGACUUCAAGAUCAGCAUCCCUAGAGAAAUCCACAAACGGAGAAAAUCCCUGCGCCGGAAGUUCGACUCCUUCUCGAAGGAGAAGAAGGAGCGAGAAUCGGCUCAGAAGGCGUUCGGCAUCCCGCUCUCCCAGGUCAUCGCCAACGACCGGGCCUACAAGCGGCAGCAGGACGCCCUGAAGGAGAGCCGGCGGGACUGCCUGGACCUGGAGGCCAGCGUGCUGCGCUUCCGGGCCGAGAAGCGUCAGUUCUUCAACGGGAGCAAACCGCUGGUCGGCGCCUCGGCCAUCACGGGCGGCGGCGGCGGCGUCCCCGGGUCGCCCUCCACCAACUCCGUGGCCCCGGCGCCCAUCUUCGAAAACCAGAACAAACCGAUGUCGCCCACGUUUCUGGAUAACAGCGGCCGGGGGCAGAGGAGGGGAGGUCUGUCGGUGGACUCCAUCUCCGACCUGGUGGAGUCCCAGUCCCGGCUGCUGGAGGCGCUGCAGCUCUCCCAUCCGGCCGAGCUGGAGCUGAAGAAGUCUCAGGCCGGCGGCUCGUCCGAGGGCCGGACCCAGACCAAGCUGAGCCUGAACCCCAUCUACAGGCAGGUGCCCCGGGUGCUGGAGCGGUGCUGCAGCCACAUCGAGAACCACGGUCUUCAGACUGUCGGGAUCUUCCGGGUCGGCAGCUCCAAGAAGAGAGUGAGACAGCUGAGGGAGGACUUUGACGUGGGCGUGGACGUCCAGCUGGACGAGGAGCACAGCGUCCAUGAUGUGGCGGCGCUGCUCAAAGAGUUCCUGAGGGACAUGCCCGACCCGCUGCUGCCCCGGGAGCUGUACCCGGCCUUCCUGCACGCCAACCUGCUGAGAGGAGCCGACCAGCUCCAGUACCUGCAGCACCUCCUCUACCUGCUCCCGCCCUGUAACUGUGACACUCUGCACCGCCUCCUCACCUUGUUACAGACGGUGCAGAGCUUCGCCCAGGACACCGUCGGGACCCAGGACGAGGAGAUCCCGGGGAACAAGAUGACAGCAGCGAACCUGGCUGUGAUCUUCGGGCCGAACCUCCUCCAGAGGGAGGGGGGGGGGGAGGUGAGUCCUCACUCCAUGGGGAUCGAGGACAGCUCGGCCGUCAUCAGCGUCACGCUGCUGCUCGUCCAGAACCACAGGAGACUCCUCACGGUGUCUGCCGAGGUGCAGCAGGAGGUCCUGAUGAGUCUGAUCCAAACCGACCCGGACAUCAUCGACUACCUGCUGCGCCGGAAACUCAGCAGCAGCCACCUGACAGUAGAGGGCGGCAGUGAGUCCGGAGGGCGCCGGGACACAGGGGCGUCUCUGGACUCUGUGGGGGGCGGGGCGUCCAGCGGGAGUCUGUCCCCCCUGGAGCCCCCCUCGCCCCUGUUCCCCCCCGACGGCAGCGGCGGCGAGGGCAGCCUGACCAGCGAGGUGUUCCUCAACGUGCUGAAGCUGAGCCAGACCCGGAAGCGGCAGGAGACCCGAUUCGCUAAAUCCAUCAGCCACAUUCGCCAGUUCCACUCCCACCACAACCUGCUGAGCCUGGCCCACUCCUCCCACCACUCCUCCUCUUCCUCGGACCCUCACGACCGCCGGGGUCCGCUGGGCGCCGCCCUCAGCUUCUCCCUCGGCGGCGGCGGCAGCUGCUCCAGCCUCAGCGGCUCCAGCGACAGCAGCAUCUGGGUGAGGCAGGCGGCGCCGCACGACGACAGCAAGCCGUCGCCCGCCGCCAACUUCUGGGACUUCUUCACCGGGAAAGGGUCGAGCUCGGAGACGAUGGCUAAAAGAAGACAUGAUGACACCGACGGUAACCAUGACGACGAGGAUGAUUGGCAGCCUCUGGUGUCGCCUCCUGAUUGGUCGUUCUGCGUCGUCCCCCCCAGUCUCUGCAGCGGUUACCUCGGCGAUGGAACCGGCGUGCACACGGUGAUGUCAGCCUCUUGGAUUGGCGUCGGCCAUCUUGUUUUGGUCGUGGCGCUCGCUGCAGUGUGGGCUCGGGGGGUUUGA